AUGUGCAAGCUCAAGUUCACCAAGGAGCAUGUGGGGUGCUACGUGCUGGUGAUCCUGGUCAUCUGCCUCCUCAUCGGCGUCCUCUUCGGCCUCGGCGUCUUCAGGCACGGCUACGACAGGAUCAAGGACCUCGGCCGCAACCACACCUGCUUCGACUGCAACCAACCAGGCAGAGUGCAGUAG